AUGUCUGAAGAGAUCGUCGAAGAGCUCGCCUCGGCUUCUUCAAGCCAGUCAUCCAUCAUCAAGCCCAAUGUCACCGACUCAGACAUGAAGUUCUUCACGUUCAGGAUGUUUGGUCGUUCUGGUCACAAUCCCACAGCCGUCAAGGUCGAGGACGUGAUUGUUCCUGGGUCCAACACACAGCUCCUGGCCAACUCCAACACAUGGGGGCUUCUUCAGUUCAAGUUCAGAAGACGGUUCCUCACAAGACUCCACGAACUGUACGCCCUGCUGCUAUUGGUGGCCGCGUGGUAUGAGUGGACAUGGACCCUUGUUAACGUUUACUUGUGGUGGGUAAUCAACAUUCUGGACCUUUUCCCACGGUCGCUGAAGGCAGAGCCAGAAACGUUGGACAACAAAUUGCAGGUUUCUGCCGAGUCUGAAACAGGCUCUUUCUUCACAAGACUGCGAGAGUCCCCCACCAGGCUGGGGAACCUCGCGUUGGCACGGUCGUUGGCAAUUGACGUUCCCAAAAGUGCUCUGACCAUCAGACAGGCCGUGGGAGACAAGACUGUUCCGCAGCACCUCAUGGCCAUCUACGAGUUGAGCCCGCUUGUUGUGCCCCCACCCCCCGAGCUGCCGACUCCGUAUCUCACUGCAGACAAGAAAAUCGUGGUUCCUGAUAAGAAGGAGAUGUCCAAAACCCUUUCUGAGCGGGCCGAGUGGGCCGCAGCCCACCACACCCACAAGGCUUCGGAGGUGAUCCGUGUUUGCACCGAGUCUGCAAGAGUGGUUGCGUGGGCUCUUUACUCGGGAACCAAGACCCUCACAUUAUACGAACGAUCCGGAAACUGCUGGAAAGACUUGGAGCGGCUGAGCUCAAUCAUCCAAACAGAACUGGCCGGUCUCACGUCGGAGGACGCUACCCACCACCCAUGGAUCAAACUAGUGAACCUCAGCCUUUCUCAAACACUCACCAUUGAGGACAGUAACAACAGCUACAAUGCAUUCGAGAGCCAUCCCGGCGAGUUUACCGGGCUGGAAGCCGUGGAACCCGCACCCAUCACGUCGGACCUUGCCUCUGCCAAGAUCCUGGAGUCGUCGUCGCCAAGCACCGGACUCACGGUGAUCCUGGUGAGCGAGGCGGAUGGCAAAAACCGCCUUGUGCAGCUUGUUCAGAACUACCUUGCCAAGAGCGGCGAGACCGUGGAGACGUUUGUGGAUAGAGAGCUAGACGCGUUUGAUGCACCGGAGCUGAUUCUGCAGUUUGCCCGGCCAAGAGGACUGUUGGACUCGUUCUGCGGAGCACCCGUCUACAACCUGGGCAACCGGCCGUUGUUUGAGUCGACCCAGAGCCAGACAACCUUUGCCUUCUACAUCAAAGCAUUAGACACCUUCUCGGCAGAUACAGCUAGAAAAGACUAA